AUGACGCUGUCCAACACGACGGCACGUGACCGUGAAUCCCGCUUCGGCCCCGUCCCCCCUUGCGCCGCUAAGCCCCUUUGGGCCCAUCGAAGCCGCACAACCAGCAACCCGCAAUAUGCGAAAUCUUUCCCUUCCAGCCCCACCAUCUCGAACUUCCAGUCGACAAUCCUCUCCCCUCACCGAAAUCUCCUCAAAUCCCCCCUCAAAAUCCAGCCCAAGAUGAACGGCGAAGAUCCCGCGGAACGGCCCGACUACAUCACCACCGUCAUCAAUGGCCUCGAACGUUACAACCCCGAGGCCGUUGGUACGCUCGAGAGCUACCUCCAGGAGCAGUGCGACCAGAAGUUUGCCGACUGCAAUGCGAACCGGACGCUGUUGAAGCUCUACCAGCUCAACCCCGACCGCAUGAAGGAUGAGGUCGUCACCAACAUCCUCGUCAAGGCCAUGACCCAAUUCCCCUCGUCCCAGUUCACCCUCGCCCUCCACCUCAUCAACCCCUCCGCCGCCUCCACCGGCGAGCUCCACGAGGCAAUCACCAAGCUCCGAUCCCUCAACUCCCAGCUCCAGGGCGCCCAGUACGCCGACUUCUGGGCCGACCUCGACGGCGACGACCUGUGCGCCGACCUCAUCGCCGACAUCUCCGGCUUCGAGGACCUCGUCCGCGAGCGCAUCGCCACCCUCGUCUCACACGCGUUUCGCGAAAUCAAGCUCUCACACAUGGUCUCAUGGCUCGGCUUCAACGAGGACAAGACCCGCAAGUUCCUCACUGAGGUCGCCGGCUGGACUAUCGACGACGACGGCAACGUCAAGAUUCCUUCUAACCCCGACAACGAGGCCAAGAAGUCCGAGAUUCGUGAGGACGUUAACGUCGAUCAGUUCGCGAGAGUGAUUAGACGGUCUUGGGAGGAAACUGUAUAA